GAGCUGGAGCAGCUCUCACACACAGAGGAUCACAUCCAGUUUCUCCUCAACUACCCCUCACUGCCAGCACUCAGUGAGUCUACACACUCAUCCAGCAUCAACAUCCGUCCUCUGAGACACUUUGAGGACGUGGCAGCAGCUGUGUCAGAGCUCAGAGACAUAAUGCAGGACGUCCUGAGAGACACAUGGAGAAACAACUCACAGGAUGUUCUACUGGCAGAACCAGAACCAAAGACCAGAGAUGGAUUCUUGAAACUUUUAAAAAUGAUCACUCUGGAUCCAAACACCCUAAACAGAUUUCUAAUUUUAUCUGAGGGGAAAAGAAAGGUAACAUUUGUGAACCAUAAACAAUCUUAUCCUGAUCAUCCAGACAGAUUUGAUGGUUUUUGUUAUCAGGUUCUGAGUACAAAGAGUCUGACUGGACGUUGUUACUGGGAGGUGGAGUGGAGAGGAGGAGGAUCUGUAGCCGUUUCAUACAAGAACAUCAGCAGAACAGAAAGACUAGGAUCCAAUGACAAAUCCUGGUCAUUAUAUUGUGACACAAACAGUUACACAUUUUAUCACAACAACAUUAAAACUCCACUAGAACGUCCAGUUUCCUCCAGAAUAGGAGUGUACCUGGAUCAUAUAAAAGGUAUUCUGUGUUUCUACAGCGUCUCUGAAACUAUGACUCUGAUCCACAGAGUCCAGACCAGAUUCACUCAGCCUCUACAUGCUGGGAUUAGACUUUACUUCUCAUUUUCCUGUCCUGAUGGAUCCUCUGCUGAGUUCAUUAACCCAGAAUAAUCAGCAGUGAUUUGAGGUCCAGUUGGUUAAAAUGUGUAUUUUAGUUUCCAUUAUUGUUUUGGAGAGAUCAUUGUUGUCAUGUCUUCACUGUCCAGAGACCAGCUGUCUUUAUGGAGCUACUUUUUCAUCUUGUUUGUUGUUUUGUUGGAGUUUGUUUGGGUGCUGCCCCUCCCUGUUUCUGAUCAGCAAUGGAGGCAAUCACUGCUCAGGAGGAUUUUAUUCAACUAAACUAAUUACAUUUAUUGCUGUGUCACACUGAACGUGACAAAGCAACAAAUGUUGAUGACAAAUGUUGUUGUAAACUGUGAUUAUCAUCAUCAUUAAUCAUCAAAUAAGGACAUCAGUCAUUUAUUGGACAAAGAUCAGAUUCUGGAUCAAACUGUGUCAAUAGUCGUCUUGUGACUCAGAUUGUAAGCUCUAUUUAGUUUUAGACAAAUAUCUAAAUAAAGUUGAUUCCUUGUUUGAAUAUAAAAUGACUCUGUCUUAUUUUGUAUUUUGUUUGUGUUUUAUUUUAUUGCCUGUCAGUAACAUUUCCAAAUAUAAGAAACUGCUGGUUUUCAGAAUAAAGUGAGUAAUCAGA